ACCGAUUUUUGUUUUAGACGCUCACUUCUACAAUCUCUUACAAUUCCAUCUACCCUUUCACCCAAAACUCCAAAACCAUCCUGCUUUGCCAUCACGUCGACCUUCCGGCAACCGGCACCGUCCUUCCUUCUUUCUCAAUCGUUUAGUUCGGUUUGCUCAGGGCACCAAAUAUCUUAAGACCCGCACUGCAGGGAUAGGGAUAUUAGACCGGCACCUUGGGUCUUGCUUGCUGCGAGUAGGUUAGCUAGCAUAAUUAUGGUAAAUAUGGUGGAGGGAGGAUAAAAGAGAUGAUCUACACAGCAAUUGACACAUUUUACCUAACGGAUGAGCAGCUAUCAAAGUCACCCUCCAGAAAAGAUGGCAUAGAUGAAGCUACUGAAACCACCCUUAGAAUCUAUGGCUGUGAUCUCAUCCAAGAAAGUGGCAUUUUACUUAGAUUACCACAAGCAGUCAUGGCCACGGGACAGGUUCUAUUUCAUCGUUUCUAUUGCAAGAAGUCAUUUGCACGGUUCAAUGUCAAGAAAGUUGCUGCAAGCUGUGUGUGGUUGGCUUCAAAACUGGAGGAAAACACUAGAAAAGCUAGACAAGUACUCAUUAUGUUUCACUGGAUGGAAUGCAGAAGGGAGAACUUGCCCAUGGAGCAUUUAGACUUGUAUUCCAAGAAAUACGUUGAAUUGAAAAUGGAGCUGAGCAGAACAGAGAGACAUAUUUUGAAAGAAAUGGGAUUUAUUUGUCAUGUUGAGCAUCCGCACAAGUUUAUAUCAAAUUACCUUGCUACCCUUGAAACACCUCCAGAAUUGAGGCAAGAAGCUUGGAAUCUGGCUAACGAUAGUUUGCGCACUACAUUGUGCGUAAGAUUUAAGAGUGAGGUUGUGGCUUGUGGAGUUGUAUAUGCUGCAGCUCGGAGGUUUCAAGUACCCCUUCCUGAGAACCCACCGUGGUGGAAAGCAUUUGAUGCAGAAAAGUCUGGUAUCGAUGAAGUCUGCAGGGUUUUGGCUCACCUUUAUAGCCUUCCAAAGGCACAAUAUAUACCAGUUUGCAAGGAUGGGGACUCAUUUACAUUCUCCAACAAAUCAUUGGAAUCAAAGUCUCAGUCAACUGCAAAGGAUGUUCCUGAAAAUAGGUCACCGGUUAAUACUGAGACGUCAGCUCUAAAGGGACCUCUCGGAGAAGCUAAUAUUGACUUGAGUGGUAGCAAGGCUGCUUUGGUAAAACAAGCCAGUGAUAAGUUGAACGAUGCUAGGAAAUCUGAUGAAGAAUCCAAAGGUAUGGCUUCUGAGAGAGAUUUAAAAGAUGAACCCACACUGAAUUCCAAACAAGACCGGAAAAUGGAGGCUGGUAGCGAGUUACGUAGGGAUCGGGACAGAAUAAAAUAUAGGGAUCGUGAUUGGGGAAGGGAUUCUGACAAAGAACGUGAACGAGAGGAAACUGAAAGAGUCAAACUUAAGGAUCGUGGUCAUCGUUCUAGGGAGAGGGCAAAGGAUUUAGGACAUUCAGAGAAAUCAAAACGACAUUCGUCUCAUGACCGUGACUACUACAGUUCCUCUUACUCAUCAAGAGAUAAGGAUCGGCAUAGACAUCAUUGACAUAACUUAGAAGAUGCUUGUCAAAGUCAGUUGAUCAAGCAUUGCACAGCCUUUGAUGUAUUGAUAUAUGUAUUCAAUAACUUAUACCCUAUCUCCCCUUGUUAAAAAUAUAAACCUGAACUUUGGUCUCCUGCUUAUUAUUUGCAGAGAAAGAUAUUCAGCUCUUGUUUACUUCAAACACUCAAUUUAUUUGAUACAGAUAUAUACCAGCAAUGGUUUUUUUGUACUCUUAAA